AUGGCUGAACCUCAAGUGAACCCCAAGGCCUAUCCUUUGGCCGACGCUACGCUGACCAAAACCAUCCUGGAUUUAGUGCAACAAGCUGCAAACUACAAACAGUUGAGGAAGGGCGCUAAUGAAGCCACUAAAACCCUGAACAGAGGCAUUGCAGAGUUCAUCGUGAUGGCCGCUGAUGCAGAACCACUGGAGAUCAUCCUCCACCUGCCCUUACUGUGCGAGGACAAGAACGUUCCAUACGUGUUUGUACGUUCCAAGCAGGCCUUGGGUCGUGCGUGUGGAGUGUCUCGUCCCGUUAUUGCUACCUCCGUGACCAUUAAAGAGGGCUCCCAGCUCAAGCCCCAGAUUCACGAGUUAAUACCGAGACUGGAAACGGCUUUGGGGAAAUUCUCCCGACGGGACCGAGCGGAGGUCAUUCAGCCCGUGCGCACCACUCUGCCUCUGCAGAAGCACGGCGGGUUCCUGGGCGUGAUGCCCUGCUACAUGGAGAUGGACAGGAUCUUGUGUACAAAGUUAGUGAGUUUCUACAAAAGACCGAGUGGGUCCACUUUACCAUCAACCCAAGCCACGGUGCUGCUGCUGGACCCGGAGCGUGGCAACGUGAAAGCAGUUAUUGAUGGAGAGGUCAUCACGUUUAUGAGGACAGCAGCGGUCUCAGCCAUUUCAGCAAAGCUGCUGAUGCGCCCUGAUGCUGAGGUUCUGGCAGUUUUAGGAACAGGCAAUCAGGCCAAAAGUCAUUACGAUGUCUUCACAGAAGUAUUCCAGUUUAAGGAGGUGCGUGUGUGGAGUCGCUCCAAGGAUAGAGCGGGCGCCUUUGCCGACUCUCUGACUGGACGAGUUACAGUGUGUGAGUCUGUGGAGGCGGCAGUGAAGGGCGCAGACGUGAUAGUAACCGUCACCAGAAGCACAGAGCCAGUGCUGUUUGGUCAGUGGGUCAAGCCAGGGGCCCACGUCGCAGCAGUAGGCGCGUGCAGACCUGAUUGGCGUGAGCUGGACGACACUUUGAUGAAGCAGGCGGUGGUGUACGUGGACAGCCGAGAAGGGGCCAUGGCGGAGUCUGGAGACGUGCUCCUAUCUGGGGUGGAAGUCUUUGCAGAAGUAGGAGAUGUUAUUAAUGGGACAAAACCAGCCUGCAGAGAAAAGACAACCGUUUUUAAAUCCUUAGGUUUGGGAGUUCAAGAUGCAGUAUCUGCCCAGCUGAUCUUUGACAAAUGGAAGUCCAAAACCAAUUAA